UUCCUCUGAGGUACAGUGUGAUAGCUUCAGAUUACAGGCACAAAAUUCCCAAGAAUACAGACAUGAGAGGUUCAUCGUAUACCCAGAAGUCCCUGACCGUCAGCGGCUCCAGCAGGAUGAGAGUUCAGAGCCAGUCGCCCUCCCGCUGCCGAGGAUCUUCGUACAGUCGUGGUCGGGCCGGAUUCCAGGGUCAGGCCGUGGAGGUCGGCACCGAGAUCCAUCAGCACCACGCCAACGAGAAGGAGGAGAUGCAGGAGCUGAACGUGCGUUUUUCCGGCUACAUCGAGAAGGUCCAGGCGCUGGAACAGAGGAACGCCGCACUGAGAGCCGAGCUGGAAUCCCUGCAGGGACGCUUUAAAGGAGGUCCCACCGGACUCGGGGAAGAAUAUGAAUUGAAGUUUAAAGAGAUGAGGGACCUGAUCGAAGCUCUGGCCGCUGAGAAGGGUGCGGCUGAUAUUGAGAGGGGCUACAUCGAGGAGGAAGUGGAGGUCUGGAGACUGAAGGUGGAGGAAGAGCUGGCUCUCAAAGAGGAGGCAGAAAUAAUCCUCCGUGAGUUCCGUCAAGACGUCGACAACGCAACCCUCCAGAAGUCCGACCUGGAGAAACGCAUCGAGCAGCUCGUGGCCGAGAUCGAGUUCCUGAAAAAGCUCCAUGAUGAAGAAGUUGCCGACCUGCUCAGACAAAUCGAGGAGUCCAAGGUAACGGUGGAGCUCGACUCCGACAGACCCGACCUGGCCGCGUACCUGCGCAACAUGCGUCUGGAGAUCGAGGCGGUGGCCGCCCGCAACGUCCAAGAGGCAGAGAAGUGGUACAAGGGCAAGUUUGACACCUUGAAAGAGCACGCCAGCAAACACGAGGACCACAUGAAGACCAUGAAAGAGGAGAUCACCACCUUCCACAACCAGAUAUCAGACCUGCAGAACCAGAUCGACAGUCUGAGGGCACGGAACGGCGCUAUGGAACAGCAGCUUGAGGACAUGGAAGUGGCACACUUGGAUAAGGUGGCAGGGCUGGAGGGCAUCAUCGCUCAGCUCGAGAGCCAACUGUGUGAGACCAAAGUAGAAAUGGGAAAAUACUUGGCCGACUACCAAGAGCUGCUCCACAUCAAGCUGAAACUGGACGCUGAGAUCGCCACCUACAGGAAGCUGCUGGAAGGAGAGGAGAAGCGGCUGGGCAUCUCCAUUACGGAGGGUGUGGCAGAAGCCGUGACUGAAGAGAGAACCACAUCCGUGUCUCGUACUAUAGAGACACAUACGGCUAUUCAAGGCUGAAAACCCUCAUUAAAUCCACUUCCUGCUGCGCUAGUUAACCUGGUCCUCUGAGAAUAAAAAGUCUCUCAUGUAAAAGAACCAAAGAUGUGACAUGGUACUAAAUAAAGCUUGA